CGGCGCCGGCCCUUCCCCUGCGAGCCGCCGCCGGAGGAUGAAGCAGCAUGAGGAUGUGUGACAGAGGCGUCCAGAUGCUCGUCACCACGGUGGGAGCCUUCGCAGCCUUCAGCCUGAUGACCAUCGCCGUGGGCACCGACUACUGGCUCUACUCGCGCGGCGUGUGCAGGACUAAGUCCAUGAGCGACAACGACACGACCCGCAAGAACGAGGAGGUGAUGACCCACUCGGGGCUCUGGAGGACGUGCUGCCUGGAAGGAACCUUCCGAGGAGUGUGCAAGAAAAUCGACCACUUCCCUGAGGAUGCAGACUACGAGCAAGACACGGCCGAGUACCUGCUCCGUGCAGUGAGAGCAUCCAGCAUCUUCCCCAUCCUCAGCGUGGGGCUGCUGUUCUUCGGGGGCCUGUGCGUGGCCGCCAGCGAGUUCUACAAGAGCAAACACAACGUCAUCCUCAGCGCUGGCAUCUUCUUCGUCUCUGCAGGUCUCAGCAACAUCAUCGGGAUCAUAGUGUACAUCUCGGCCAACGCGGGGGACCCGGGGCAGAGCGACUCCAAGAAGAGCUACUCCUACGGCUGGUCCUUCUACUUCGGGGCGCUGUCCUUCAUCAUCGCCGAGAUGGUGGGGGUGAUCGCCGUGCACAUGUACAUCGAGAAGCACCGCCAGAUCCGCGCCAGGUCCCACUCGGAGCUGCUCAAGAGGUCGGCCUUCACCCGCCUGCCCCCCUACAGGUACCGCUUCCGCCGGCGGUCCAGCUCCCGCUCCACCGAGCCCCGCUCCCGGGACAUGUCGCCCAUCAGCAAAGGGUUCAGCACCAUCCCCUCCACCGACAUCUCCAUGUUCACGCUCUCCAGGGAUCCCUCCAAGGUUACCAUGGGGACGCUGCUCAACUCGGAGCGGGACCACGGUUUUUUACAGGUCCAUAACUCCAUCCCCAAAGAGUUCAAGGAGUCUUUGCACAACAACCCGGCCAACAGACGAACCACGCCGGUCUGAGGCGGGCUGGGCCGUGGGCAGGCUGCAUGGCAUCACCCUCGUGACGGUGUAACCUGUGAAACCCCGUUUUUAAGGACAAACCCGGAGGCUCCCCGUGCCCCUGCCCGUGGGGCUGGUUUUCACUCUGAAAUGCCACUGGCCGGGCCGGGCCGCUGCGCCCGUGGCGGGAGCGGGACCCCCGAGGGGAGGGGACGGGGCCGCGCUGGGACCCUGGCCCUGGCGCCCCACGGACUGAGCGGGCUCCAACCUUCCUGGGACAGCGGCUUCCCGAGGUCUCCAUCGUUCGUGUGAUCAUAACCGCAGUGUUCCCAUAGCUGUGUGUCCAUGGAAAUGCUGGCGAUAGCCCUGUCCGUGAGAACCCUUACCCGGUAGUGACCUUUCGGUGGAAUCGCCUGGAAGGCCGGAGCUGGAAGCACUGAGCUAGUGCCGGAGCGAUGCUUGUGUUCCGAACCCCUUUCCCUGUCGUGCUGGAUGGAGUGCUCGGGCUGGGUUCCUCUAUGGCGUUUCGUGCAUGCAUUAAAUAGCUUGGAAUUCAA